GGUUCGCACAUCCGAGGGAGUAUAAAUGCUUUACUCUACUGAGCAAGCAAACUCCUUUCUCUCCUGCUCUCAGUGAACUUCGUCUCUUUUCUCCGCCUCCAUUGCAGCAGCCAUGGCCGUCACCUUCUCAGAUCUCCACACCGAAGCCGGUCUAAAAUCCCUCGACGCCUUCCUCUCCGGCAAAACCUACAUCUCCGGAGAUGCGUUGACGAAGGACGACAUUAAGGUCUACGCCGCUGUGUCGGAGAAGCCCGGCGAUUCGUUCCCCAACGCCAGCAGAUGGUACGGCAGCGUUUCGGCCCAGCUCGCUUCCAGUUUCCCGGGAAACGCUGUUGGAGUUAGAAUUGGUGGAAAAGGCGCUCCUGAUGAAGAACCAAAGAAGGAUGCUCCUGCAGAAGACGAUGACGACGACAUUGAUCUCUUUGGUGAUGAGACGGAGGAGGAAAAGAAGGCUGCUGAGGAGAGGGAAGCAGCUAAAAAGCAAUCGUCUAAGAAGAAAGAGAGCGGAAAGUCUUCUAUUCUGAUGGAUAUCAAGCCUUGGGAUGAUGAGACAGACAUGAAGAAGCUAGAAGAGGCUGUUCGGGCCGUAGAAAUGCCUGGCCUGUUUUGGGGAGCAUCAAAAUUGGUUCCGGUUGGUUACGGUAUAAAGAAGUUGCAGAUAAUGCUCACCAUUGUUGAUGACCUUGUAUCCGUCGAUACGCUUAUUGAGGAGCAACUUACUGUUGAGCCUUGCAGUGAAUAUGUCCAAAGCUGUGAUAUCGUCGCCUUCAACAAGAUUUAAGUACCCUUGAGUUAGCUAUUUAUGCAGUAUCUAGUUUUUUUUCCAUCCAUUUCUUUUUUUCCCCCGCUUUUUGUUUUUCCUUUGAUCAUGCGUUUAAUGUUUUCGUAUGGUCUUGUGCGUGCUUUCUUUAUUUGCUCUGUUUUUCUGUGACUGAUAGAGAAGAAAGAUUAACUUAUUCUACUUGAUAGUCAUUUUGCCCGCCC